AUGGCCGACCAUAAUGUUGCUGAAAAUAGUGAUGAUCAGGUAUUCUGUGAAUUAUCAGCUGAUGAAAAAGAUGCUGCACCAAUCGAGAUAGAAUCAUUAUGCGUGAAAUGCGAAGAAAAUGGUAUCACGCGAAUACUUUGUACCAGAAUACCAUUUUAUCGACAAGUAAUUGUGAUGUCUUUCUAUUGUAAUCACUGUGGCUAUACCAAUAAUGAACUUCAGAGUGGGGAAGCGGCACAGGAACAUGGUAUUGACAUUACACUGCAUGUAAAUAAUUUGUCGGAUUUGAAUCGGAUGGUUGUAAAGUCAGAAUAUGCCGAAGUUGAAAUUAAAGAGUUGGAAUUGAACAUUCCACCAAAAUCACAAAGCGGAGAAGUAACAACUGUAGAAGGGAUUGUUCGUCGUGUAAUUACUGGUCUAAGUCAGGACCAAGAUAGAAGACGUCAGUUUGAUCCCGAAAAUGCAGAAAAAAUCAGUGAAUUUUUAAAACGAAUGGAACGAUUAGAAAAACUGGAAGAGAAAUUCACUUUAAGAAUAAGGGAUGUGUCUGGUAAUAGUUUCAUUCAAAAUUCUAAUCUACAUCGUUUGGAUAAUCAGUGUAUUGUCACACGUUUUAGACGAAGUAUUGCAGAUGAAAAGCUCCUUGGACUAGUGGAUGACAAUGAAAAUGAAGAAGUAUCCUUUCCAUUCCACUCAUAUGAUGAUGUCAAGAAUGAAGUAUUGAGGUUUGAUACCAAUUGUCCUAAUUGUGGUUUCCGGACACAAACGUGCAUGAAACCGACAGAUAUCCCAUAUUUCACAACAGUUAUUUUAAUGUCCACAGUUUGUGAUGCCUGCGGUUGGAAAUCGAACGAAGUAAAGGAUGGUGGUGCCAUACAGGAAUAUGGUUGCAAGUUGACAGUUUUCAUUGAGAAGGAAGUUGACCUUACACGAGAUGUUUUGAAAUCAAGUGCAUGUUGCAUGGUUAUCCCUGAACUUGAUUUGGAAGUGGGCUGUGGAGCUCUAUCAGGAAGAUUUACUACCGUUGAGGGCUUAAUUGUGGCUAUCAAAGAUCAGCUUAAAGAGCAAGCAAGCUUCUUUUUGGGCGAUAGUAACAGUGAAGCAGAAAUUGAACAGAUGUCAAAGUUUCUGGAAAAUUUCGAUCAAAUAUUACGGUUAGAAAAGAAAGUUCAUUUAGUUUUAGAUGAUCCAACUGGUAACAGUUACAUUCAGAGUUUUAAUGCCCCUAUAAAUGAUAGUGGUUUAAAAAAAGAAUUUUACAAACGAAGUAAAGAACAGAAUGAUGAAUUGGGAUUUAAUGAUAUGAAGACUGAAAAUUAUGAACAAUUAGAAUCAUUAAAAGAAGAAGAAAAUUAA